GAGUUCUAUCCACUAGUUGCGAGCGAUGUCAGUAAACCUCGUUCCCGCAACAAGCUGACUCGCAGAUCGAUUUGCUUACAAAACCUUCCCGCGUCGCAGUUGCUUUGUUUCAACGAAAAAGCAUACGAAAAGAAGAAACCUUCAAAAAGCUUGCCGCCCCCACCAUUUUUGUGCUGCUCUCUUGGAAUCAGGCGCUCCCAUUGUCACAAUACCAUGACGCCUACCGGUGACGAAGCCGAAGUCCUGCGCCGUUUGGCAAAAACGAUCAAUGGAUUCCUAUCCCGACCGGAUUCUGGUCCAUUUCAGGAGCCGGUGGACUGGCGGGGUCUGGAGCUCUGGGACUAUCCCGAGAUUGUGCCCAACAUGAUGGACUUGGGGACGGUCAAGCGCAAGCUCGACCGGGAACAGUACGAAACUGCUUACGCUUGUGCCAGCGAUGUACGACUGGUUUGGAACAACUGCAUGGCCUACAAUGCGGAAGGCUCCGAUUUUUGGCUGCUGGCCAAGGCAUACAGCAAGCGAUUCGAAGAUCGCUACCGAAAACUCAAGGCCGAAUUCAAAAUAGUCGAGGAGGAAACAGAAGAGGAGGAUCAAGAAGU